UCAUCACUAUCAACCCUAACUCCCUCCCACCAGCAUUCAUUAAAUUAAAGUCCCUCAACUCCCCACAUCUCCCCCUCUCUCUCUCUAGCUUAGAUCCUUCCUCUCACUCUCACCGCAUUUCAUGGAUCCACACCCUCCUCCUUCUCUCUCCUAGGGUUCCUUCUCAACUAUGCUCCCUCUCUCUCCUCCUGACCUGCUGCUGCAAAUAAUGCCGGCGUCGGUUUUCCUCCUCCUUCUCAGCUUGCUCCUCCCUUCUCAAGUCAAGUCAUUUUCUCUGGGUCUGUCAUUUGCUUCAUCCGAACAAACUAGAACGUGGUUUGUUAAACCUUCUUCUAGACCAUCUUCUGCACCUGCGCCUUCUUCUAUACCAUCUUCUGCACCUGCGCAAUCUCCAUCUUAUCAAGGUCCCAGGGCGUCUACAACACCAAAACAUCCCCACCGUCGCCAUCAUAGCAUCAGACCUUAUGUAGCGGCUCCGCCCCCUUCAAAAGACCAAGCUUGUGACCAAUCCUGUACUGAUCCGCUCACAUCAACUCCCUUUGGUUCACCUUGCGGUUGUGUAUAUCCUAUGAAAGUCAGACUUACACUGGAUGUAGCUCCUUAUGCUGUUUUUCCAGUGAUGACUGAGUUAGAGAAUGAAGUUGCAUUAGGCACGUAUUUAGAGCAGAGUCAGGUGAAGAUAAUGGGUGCCAUUUCUGACAGUCAAAAUGAGGGAAGAACCAUUGUUGAUAUUAACUUGGUUCCAUUGGGAGAGAAAUUUGACAAUACAACUGCAGCUCUGACAUAUGAGAGGUUUUGGCACAAGAAAGUUCCUUUAAAUAGGAGCCUUUUUGGUGAUUACGCAGCCGUAUACAUUAUAUAUCCAGGAAUUCAAUCUUCACCACCAUAUGGAUCCUUAACUGGGAGUGGUCCUGAAGAAGGUCCUCAUGGUAUUCUGCCAGUCAGCGCCAACUUUGCAAGCAAGAACCAGAAAACGAAUCUUAGAACCAUUAUCAUCAUUGCUUUAUCUUCCUUCGUGCUCUUGUUGGUUUUAGUUGGUGCACUUUUCAUCACUUUGAAAUGGAGGAAGACUAGGAGACCAUCAAGUGCUGUUGGCCCUGCACUCACAUCUUCUCUAAACAAGAGAUCUGGUUUGGGGUCUAUAUUGUCAAGUAGUAUCACAAGCUCAACAUCUAUCUCCCUCAUGUCCACAAUGGCUACUUCCCUUCUCUCUGUCAAAACAUUUUCGCUUUCUGAGCUUGAGAAAGCAACAGAUAAGUUUAAUUCAAAGAGAGUACUGGGAGAAGGAGGAUUUGGACGUGUUUAUAGUGGGACAUUUGAAGAUGGGGCUGAAGUUGCUGUUAAGCUGCUAACAAGGGAUAGUCAUCAGAAUGGGGACCGUGAAUUUAUCGCAGAAGUUGAGAUGUUAAGCCGAUUGCAUCAUCGUAAUCUAGUGAAACUCCUUGGUAUAUGCAUUGAAGGGCGAAGGCGCUGCCUGGUUUAUGAGCUUGUUCCUAAUGGCAGUGUUGAGUCCCAUCUGCAUGGCGAUGACAAGAAAAUGGGACCUCUAGAUUGGGAAGCACGGAUGAAAAUUGCUCUUGGAGCUGCAAGAGGAUUGGCCUAUCUUCAUGAGGAUUCUAAUCCUCGUGUAAUUCAUCGAGACUUUAAAGCUAGCAACGUGUUACUAGAAGAUGACUUUACCCCGAAAGUUUCUGAUUUUGGGUUGGCAAGAGAAGCAACUGAAGGGAGCAAUCAUAUUUCUACACGGGUGAUGGGAACUUUUGGGUAUGUUGCUCCAGAAUAUGCAAUGACAGGCCAUUUACUAGUUAAAAGUGAUGUCUAUAGUUAUGGCGUUGUCCUGCUUGAACUUCUUACAGGCCGAAAGCCAGUCGACAUGUCUCAACCUCAGGGACAGGAGAAUCUAGUAACUUGGGCACGGCCACUGUUGACGAGUAGAGAAGGUUUAGAACAGCUAGUGGAUCCAUCUUUGGCUGGAAGUUAUCACUUCGAUGACAUGGCAAAGGUUGCUGCUAUCGCUUCAAUGUGUGUUCACCCGGAGGUCACCCACAGACCUUUUAUGGGUGAAGUGGUGCAGGCUCUGAAGUUAAUAUACAAUGACACAGAUGAGACUGGUGGAGAUUGUUAUAGUCAGAAGGGAUCCUCUGCUCAGGAGUCUGAAUUUAGAGGCGACUUUGCCCCAUCUGAUAGCAGUUGGUGGAACGCCGGAGGGUUAACCCCACGAUUAACUUAUGGACAAGCAUCUUCCUUCAUCACAAUGGAUUAUAGUUCUGGUCCACUUGAAGAUAUGGAAAACAGACCGUUUUCAACUUCAAGCUUGAUUGGAGAUGAGGUAUCUUUACCAAUUAGGCAUGGGAAUAGAUCAGGUCCUCUAAGAACAGUCCGAAACAAGCUAUCCUUACAUAGAUUUUCAGGAAGUCGGAGUGAGCACGGGGGAGUUUCUUCCAAGCGUAAAUGGAAUGAUGGUUACUGGGUUUAAGGUUCGAGUUUUUUUGUUUUGUUUUCCUAGUGUUUUUGAAAUGUACAUGUACAGUUCCUAAAGAGAUUCGAACUAUUGAUUGAGUGACUGAUUUAGCUUAGGUGUCUCCAAUUUAUGCAGUUUUCAUGUUAAGGGUGGAGAGAGAUACAGGACAUUGUGACUAAUUUUGAAACAUUUGAUUCAUUAUACAAGGAGGAAAUGUAACUUAUUGUAAAUGCCUUGAAUUGUAUCGUGGCUACUUGCGUUGCCUUAUCUAUUCAACUUUUUUAA